CUGUCUGUCUGCUGUACUGUAACAAUGUGAUACUCUCUAUUAUAAGGUCUGUUACAGUUUUGUCACUGUCUGCUAUUCAUCUCAUAGUUAUUCUGCAAUACUGUGAUGCUGCUCUUGCAGCUUGUCAACCCCUGUUCAGAUGUCCUUACACACGAUAUUUGUGUAAUUGUUUAGAUUUCAGAAUCAGAUUCUAGCAGUUAACUACCUAUUUCGUCUUCUAGCCUGCAUGCAGCAAAUUCCUGCCAUUCAGAUGACAUCUGGAGUUCACGGAGAGAAACGUUUGUCCUGAUACCUUCCUUCUUCUUUUAGGGAAGGACUGAGUCUGCAGGCAGCUGCUGUACGGUUUUAGGAGGUGGAGAAGUUUUUAUGGCACUCAUGAGCACAAUGAGUUACAGUUUGUUUUCUUGAUGGCUAUUCGUUUAUGUGUGUCUGCGUGGCUACAGUUCUGAGUGCAUUUUGAUGGUGACUCAAGGCUCUCUACACAGCAAUGAGCACUCACAGGUCACACACUUGCUUGCCUCCUAUGUCAUUGAAAACGAAAUGCAUGUCUUUAAAAAUAUUCAGAAAUACUCUCCUGAAGCCCCACCUUCUCUGCAAAACGAAGCUAUUGCUGAUGACGAGCAGAUGAUUUUUAGACCGUGUUCAUGUGCUCAUCACAAGGAAGUUGAACAACAGAUGCACACAGAUUUCAGGGCUGGUGUAGGUCACAAGGUGGUCUUUCAGAAGUGAUCAUGUUCCAUGGCAUUGUUUAUCACGACAGAAGGAGGUUUCAACUGAACGGGACCAUGCUGAGAGAAACAGGGAGACAUCAGAGAUGGUGAUGAGACACAGCGAUCAGGCGAAAUAGAAAGAAAGAGACAAUGGCUGAAAUUGAUGUGUAUGCUAAUAUAAAAUCUUCCAAAGCCGCAAGAAAGAAUGACCAAGCGACCGGCCGCCCUCCAGCGCAGCCACGACCUGCUCACAAUUCAGAAUCUGGCGCCGUCUGCAGGGGGCAGAGGAAGAGAAAACACGGCAAAGGGCGGACCAGCAGCAGGAGAUGUGCCUGCUUGGCUCUGGGAGUCACAGUGUGCAUCUCGGUGGUCAUGGUCAGCGCGAUGGCAGUGCUGUUGUGGAGGAAGAGCACAGAGAGGGACUGCGGGCUGGAAGAGGUGCACCUGGAGAUGUGCAGGAAUGAGACUGAGAGAUACAGUCGUGAAGCACAGACAUACAGACUAGAAGCUGAGAAGUUCAGAAAAAAGCUGGAGUCUGUCUUCUGUGUUGACCCCUUUAAUAAUGAGAGAAAGCAGCAGUGCUGUCCAGAGGGAUGGAAGGGGGGAGACAGUGGAAGAUGUUACUACAUCUCUACAGACCAGAGAUCCUGGGAGUUUGCCAGUCAUUUCUGUUCAUCAGUGGGAGCUCAACUGCUGGAGACUGAGGACAAGAGGGAGCUGAAUUUCUUGGGAAGUCUUUUAGAAGGCUAUUUUUACUGGAUUGGCUUGAGAAAGGACAGCAGCUCUGAGUGGAGAUGGGUCAAUGGAACAGAACUCAACAAAGAUCUGAUUACAGUUAAAACAGGAUACUCUGAUGGGGACUGUGCCUGUGGAUACUGGAGUGGGGAUGUCUUCACUGCGUAUUCCCGGAAAUGUGAAGAGACAUUCUCCUGGAUCUGUGUGGGGGAUCCUGUGUGAGUGUGGCAGCCCCCAGACCCCUCUCCUGCCUUGAGGGGGAGUACAAAUCUCACAGAGAGGAAAGACAUGUUAGAGAGAGACCGUGCGUCUGCUGGGACUCCUCUGCUGAGUCCUGGACACGAUCAUAGUCUCUUCACUCUUCAUUGUUCCUCACUGAGAAGCAGAGUUAUUAAACAAAUAGCAAACAGUUUCACGUUUUAAGAAGGUUUGGGGUAUUUGGGGAUUUUUUAACAAUUAUGUGUCCUGUCCUUAAAUUUCAGCCUGUAGCACAAAAUUAACAGAGUUUCAGUUUUUGUUUUUUUCUACCAAUUCUGUAUUUGAUCAUGUUUUCUGUUUUACACAAUAAAACCAGUGGGAAGA